AUGGCAGCAAUAAAAUAUGAGAAAGAUCGUGCAGCAGAUACAAUUCUACCAAACUAUAAUGAAUACGGUAGAUUGGAUAUACCUACUUAUUACGAAAGCUAUUGGCAGAGUCCUGAGGAGCGCUUUUAUACUGGUUUGUACUUUCCGAAUGUAUCAAUUGUUGGUAGACCAUUCUUUCCUGGUCAUCAACAAAUCGAAUGA